AUGUUCGCUCGUUCCACCGCUAUACGCUCGGCAGCUCGCUCGAUCGCGAGCUCGUCCCGGUCAUGCGAUCAAUGUCUGCAUCUGGGAUCUUCCAUGCCAAAGCGCUUCGCCACAAGCCCUCUGCAACUCGCUUCGGCCUGCUCUAGGCGGUACGCAUCGGUCCAGACGACACCUCUUCCUCCUCGCCAAGAGAAGCGUGCCCCCAAGCAGCCCUCACAUAAGCCUCCCAAACGGCGCCUAGAGGCAGCAUCCCAACCUCUCCGGAAUGCCCCAUCGGUCGCUCGCGGCCCAGUAUUGCAGUGUGUCGCUCAUACUACGGCGGAGCGGUACGACUUAGUCAACCUCGGCUUGGUGCUCAAGAGCCUCGGCGUCAAGUGGGACGAGGUCCCCGAAGGCGAUCGGGAUAGGGCGUUCGUCAUUGGACCUUGGAAGGGCCGGGGCGGGGCGGAACGGCUCAUCAGUGGGAAAGAUGUCCGGCCUACUACCUGGAGUACUGGAAGCGGAAUAGCAGGGGAGGAAGAAGAGAUGGAGGAGGAGUACUCAAGGGAACAGGGGUUCGGGUACGGCGAUAGAGGGGAGAUAUGGGUGUUCAACAGUGGAAGCUUUGUCACGUGGGGAUUGACGGAGGAGGAGGGGCGAGCGUUCUUGCGGACGGUAAUCAGGAAGAAGGGGGCUGGGGUCGAGAGAGGCGGUCUGGCGAUCAGCGAGUAUGAGGUGGAAGAGGUGGACUUUGCUGUUGACCCAACAGCUCAAACUCACAUCAUGGGCAACCUCAUCCUUCUCGGCGCACCACCCACACUAUCCACAUUCCACCCCUCCCUCUCCCUCUCGUCCCUCCUCACGCGCUAUACCCUCUCCCUCGCCCUCACCCGCUCCUCUACCCUCUCGGUCCUCGAAGACCGGCUCGACGCGCACAUAGCGUCCGUCUCCACCCUCCCCCUCGCGCUCUCGCGAUACGGUGCGCAGCCCAUGAACCGGCGCGAGGUCAUCCGGAAGAUCGGCGAGCUCAUGGCGCUGCGCAUGGCGGUCAAUACCUCCGGUGGGGGGCUGGACGAGACGCCCGAAUUCUACUGGUCCGAGCCCGCCCUGGAGGAGUACUUUGACACCAUCACGUCCGAGUUUGAAAUCAAGGAACGGAUCGAGACGAUCAAUAAGAAGAUUGAUUAUGCGCAGGAAAUCCAGAAUACGCUGCGGGCGUUGUUGACGGAGGCGAGCGGGCAUCGGAUGGAGAUUAUCAUUAUUGCGUUGAUUGCGGUGGAGGUGGUUUUGGCGUUGAUAAGGGAGGGACCGGAGUUGAGCGAGCUGGUCAUCAUGCCUGCGAUCGGGUCGAUUGGGCAGAUGUUGGGGCUGCAGGCGGCGCCGGGAAAGUGGGAGGCGGAGGUGGGUAAGGUGGAUCAUGCAGGUCAUGGACACGGCCACGGGCAUGGGGAAGCGGGCGGGUGGGAGAGACAUAGGAGAGAUAGGGCGGAGAGACUAGAGGCGAUGGAGCCGGUCAUUGGUGGGGAGCUGGGACAUCUCGGGAAAUCACAUCUGAGGGAACAGGCUCGAGUGGCGGAGCCGGAGACAGGGGGAGGGGUGCUCAGCUGGCUGAGUGCGGGGCGAGAGGGACCUAGAUUAGUAUAG